ACCAGAGAGAAGAAGAAUAUUGUUCUAGGCCUAGUGGUGUGAAUGAUCAACAACCAUUCUAUUAUUAGUAGAAGACCUUCCAUCUUAUUUGGGUGUGUGUUCCUUCCAACUUUAUCCUCACCAUUACAUCUUCGGAGCGUUCACAGCAGCUUCUGCCUUCUGUAGUAGUUUUAACUAAGUUAAGAAAGACAGAUUUAACUUGACCAUGGGGCAACGGCAGGUAGUGGUGGCUUUCUGUUUAUGGGCUUUAACAUGUUCCCUUCUUCCUUCUUUCUCUUUCGGAAUUAUGAAAAUUGGUUUGAAGAAGAGACCUCUAGAUCUUAACAGUAUUAAGGCUGCUAGAAAGGCAAGAGAAGAUCUAAGAUCAGGAAGACCAAUGAUGGGUGCAAUUGAUCAAUAUAUUGGUAAGUCAAAUGAUGAAGAUAUAGUACCUUUGAAGAAUUAUUUGGACGCUCAGUAUUUUGGAGAGAUUGGAAUUGGCACACCUCCACAGCCCUUUACUGUCAUAUUUGAUACUGGUAGUUCCAACCUCUGGGUUCCAUCAUCGAAGUGCUACUUUUCUCUUGCCUGCUAUACCCACAAUUUUUACAAGGCAAAGAAAUCCAAAACAUAUGCCAAAAAUGGAACAUCAUGUAAAAUAUCCUAUGGAUCCGGAUCAAUAUCUGGUUACUUCAGUCAAGAUAAUGUUAAAGUUGGCCAUGCAGUUGUAAAGUACCAGGAUUUCAUUGAGGCUACCCGAGAAGGAAGUCUUUCCUUUCUGUCAGCAAAGUUUGAUGGAAUACUAGGACUGGGAUUUCAGGAGAUCUCAGUUGAAAAUUCUGUGCCAGUAUGGUACAACAUGAUGGAGCAAAAAUUUAUCAGUGAGAAGGUGUUCUCUUUUUGGCUCAAUGGGAAUCCAAAUGCGAAAAAGGGUGGUGAACUAGUUUUUGGUGGUGCUGACCCAAAGCACUUCAAAGGAAACCACACCUAUGUUCCAGUUACUAGAAAAGGUUACUGGCAGAUAGAAAUGGGGGAUUUUUUCAUUGGAGGUCUUUCAACAGGGGUUUGUGAGGGUGGCUGUGCUGCUAUUGUGGAUUCAGGAACAUCUUUGCUUGCUGGUCCAACUCCUGUUGUGGCUGAAAUCAACCAUGCUAUUGGAGCUGAAGGAAUUCUCAGUGUAGAAUGUAAGGAAGUCGUUUCUCAAUAUGGAGAGUUGAUAUGGGAUCUCUUAGUAUCAGGGGUGAAACCUGAUGAAAUAUGUUCACAAAUUGGUUUAUGUUCUGCCAAAAGGGUUCAAUCUAAGAGCGCUGGGAUUGAAAUGGUGACUGAAAAGGAACAGAGUGAGAUGACAGCUAGAGAUACUCCUUUGUGUUCUUCUUGUCAGAUGCUUGUUCUCUGGAUCCAGAAUCAACUAAGACAAAAGGAAACAAAGGAUAGAGUAUUCAACUAUGUGAAUCAACUGUGUGAGAGCCUACCAAGUCCAUCUGGAGAGUCAGUGAUAAGCUGCAGUAGUCUUUCUAAAAUGCCAAACAUUACAUUCACAAUCGGAAAUAAACCUUUUGUCCUCACACCAGAACAGUAUAUUUUGAGAACUGGAGAAGGCAUUACAGAAGUGUGCCUUAGUGGGUUUAUUGCUUUUGAUGUUCCUCCUCCACGUGGUCCACUAUGGAUUCUUGGCGAUGUUUUCAUGAGGGCAUAUCACACCAUCUUUGACUACGGAAAUCUCCAAGUUGGUUUCGCUGAAGCUGUCUAAUUACACUUCUGAAGGAUUAUCUCUGGGAAUAUUUUAAUUACUUUCUACGUGUAUCAUAAAUAAGCUGUUGUUGUGACCACUAUUGUAGCUUAGAUUCACUUUAUGGAAUUGCAAAUGUAUUUAUCUAUUUAAGACUAGAAAAUGCCCACUUGGAAAAAUUAUGUGCUUUCAAAGAACCAUUUUCAUUUCAUUCCGUGUUGGGUAGAAUAUUAUGCACUCUUUCUCUUUCAAAAUUAGGAUAGUCGUGUGUUAUACUGAUGCGGAACCUUAACCUGCUUUCUGUAGUCUGCAAUGGAUGAGUGGUAGAACUCUGUGAUCUGCCGAUGGAAACAGCAGCAGAAAUGGAAAGGUUAAAUCGACGACAAAUUGGUCAAAAAGGAUUUGGCUUAAUAAUACACUUGUUUUAAUACACUUUUUGUUAUUAGUUAAAAUUUAUUAGUAAUUUAAAAUAUAUGAGAGAAAAAUACUAGUUU